AUGUCUGAAAACUUAAUUCUGUAUCACUAUCCAACAUCACCAUUUGCUGAGAAAAUACGAAUGGCAAUGGGCUUAAAGAAAUUAAAUUGGCGUUCGGUGAUUGUUAAUCGAAUGCCUCCACGACCUUACCUUGAUAUUCUAACAGGUGGCUAUCGACGUAUACCAGUACUUCAGGUGGGCGCUGAUGUGUAUUGUGACACUCAUCUCAUUUUACGAACACUCGAUCGUCUUCAACCUGAUUCACCAGCACUCUUUUCAAACAGUGUAACACAGCCACUGUGCUGGUGGUGGGAUAAAGCAAUAUUUGUACCCGCGCUGAAACUACGUCUCGGUCUUAUUGGUGAUCAAUUACCCAAGGAAUGGCUUGCAGAUCGACAAACAUUUAUUCCACAAAUUAAAUUUUCAAAGGAAGAUAACGAACAAGAUAUACCAUUGAAUGCACAACGCAUUAAUUCACAUCUUGUAUGGCUCACUAAUAUGAUAGAUGAU